AAAGAAAAGAUGGAUAGUUUCGGGACGCAAUUUCCGUCAGAACUUGCGGCGUCUCUGUCGUGUAAUGGGUUCGGUUGGUGAAACCGUUGACCAACUGCCCGCCCUCAUUUGAAGACUCCACUGGUCUCUUCUCACAUUCAGAAUUCUCCUCUUCACAUCUUCUUGCUGAUUGACGAUUAUUCACUUUGUUUCUGCAUAUCCAAUGGAGAUGGAGCAUCGUCCUGCUCCUUCUGCUCCUCCUCCAUCGGCGGGGACACAAAUCAGGGUCAAUUCCAAGAGGGCAUACAACGUUGUACACCCAGUAGAAACAGGCACUCCUCAAUUGCUGUCUCAGAGUCCAGUGAUGUACACAGAAGUUAAGCAUUUCAAGAAAUGGGUACCUUGGAUUAUACUUGCUUUUGUCAUUGGCAAUAUCGUUAUGUUCAUUAUCACCAUGUAUGUCAAUAAUUGCCCCAAGAAUACUGUCUCUUGCACUGUUCGUUUUCUGGGUAGAUUUUCCUUUCAGCCUUUCAAGGAGAAUCCACUUCUCGGCCCUUCUUCGACAACGCUGCAGAAGUUGGGGGCUUUGGAUGUAAGUAAGGUAGUUGAUGACCACCAGGGAUGGCGACUCCUCUCCUGCAAUUGGUUACAUGCAGGAGUUUUUCAUUUGCUGGCAAAUAUGCUGAGUCUGUUAAUUAUUGGCAUUCGGCUUGAACAGGAAUUUGGAUUUGUUAAGAUUGGAUUGCUAUAUAUCAUCUCUGGAUUUGGUGGGAGUUUGUUGUCGGCUCUUUUCAUCCAAUCAAAUAUCUCUGUUGGUGCUUCUGGUGCACUUUUUGGGCUACUUGGGGCCAUGCUUUCUGAACUCAUUACUAAUUGGUCAAUGUAUACUAAUAAGGUAGCAGCUUUUAUCACUCUUUUGGUCAUCAUUGCAAUCAAUUUAGCAGUAGGAAUUCUACCGCAUGUUGACAACUUUGCGCAUAUCGGAGGAUUUCUUUCUGGUUUCUUUAUUGGGUUUGUAUUUCUGAUUCGCCCACAGUUUGGAUGGGUUAGCCAAAGAUAUGCUCCUCCUGGAUAUCUUCCAGUAUCGGUUAAAUCUAAAUUCAAAUCAUAUCAGCGGAUAUUGUGGAUCAUUUCUCUUAUCAUUAUCAUUGUCGGGUUUACUAUUGGUCUGGUUCUGCUUCUUCGAGGAUUUGAUGCAAAUGAACAUUGUUCAUGGUGUCAUUAUUUGUCUUGUGUGCCUACUGCGAAAUGGAGCUGUAACACUGGGCCUGCUUCAUGCUUGAACAGGAACAACCAUGGAUUUGUUAGAAAAGCUGUUUUAAUUACAAAAUGCUUAUUGGUUCAUCAUAGAAGAUUACACUCACCUAUAGUUAACUGAGCUCUAGCUCUAGUUCUUCUAUUGGUCCAAUAAUAGUAGACAUUUCAACAAGAAGCAAAAUAUGACUCUUAUCGAGUAUCAACAAAUGACUGAAAAAGUCAUGUUCGCUUGUAGAUACUGACUGAAACUAGUUUCUAAGAGCUGUAACUUGCACGGGCCUGAGUUUGAUGUUUUGUGAAUGUGUU